AUGCUCUAUAAAUUCUUAGGAUCACCAAGCUUAAGCUUGCUGUGUUCCUAAACCAUGAACACAUUCAAACUGAACUUCACUCCAAUUUCUUUCCAUCUUAUUCUCUUCAGUCUCUUGGCAUUGACAGUAAAUGGCACAUUACAAGAUGAUGUUUGUUCAUUGAUAAAUUGUGGGGAAGGAGCGUGCAAGGCUUCUAAUGCUUCAGUGCUUGGUUUUGACUGCGAGUGUUAUUCUGGUUGGAAGAAGAUACAGAUUGGUCCUUUGACCUUCCCCUCUUGUAUUGUUCCCAACUGCACUGUUGACUUUGGAUGUGGCAAUGGAGCUCCACCACCACCUCCAGCUCCACCGUCUCAACCUCCACCGUUCGAUUUCUUAAACCCCUGUAACCUUGUUUGGUGUGGUGAUGGAACGUGCGUGGCUAAUGGAACAGGACACAUAUGCCAAUGCACCGAAGAUUCUGCAAAUUUGUUUAACAUGACAGGCUUUGCUUGUUUCAAAAAAUGUUAUUUAGGAGCGGAUUGCCCUGGUCUUGUAUUGGGCAAGCCACCGCCGUCUCCUCCACCGGCACCUACUAGUUCGGCCACUUCAAUACUUAAUGGCUUGCUAGAGGCAUCAAAUUCCUUUAAGCAUCUUUGUGCAUUAUCAAUGAUAUUGUUAGCUGCAGCUUUCCAAACAUGGCUUUAGAGACCACCUGAGCACAGGUGCUCAUGAUACUGUUAUUGAUAGUAUUUUUGUGCUCAAAACAUUGCAUACGGAAAUAAAGAUUGAUCGCUCGCUA